UGCACAUGCUCCUCCCAAUUCCAUUCCACUCCCGACACGCACGACUGUUCGGUGCCCGCUGGUUGUAAGCCUCUGCAUAUAUUGCCGACCGUAGAGAGAAAACUCCCGCCCAGUCCUAUCCACCAUGGCUGUCCCGUCCAAAGACUCGGUGGCGGCACCGCACCCCUCAAAGUCGCCAUACCAAGUUGACCCGGAACAAAUCCUACGUGCAACCAAGGCGCUGGUGAAACACAUUCAGACCUCUCGCGAAUCCCAAGCGAAGUCGUCCACCGCGGUGGACUUGCUCGCGGAUGAAGAAACUUCCACCACCACAGAUGCCGCGUCGGACGCCAUAUGGCUGAUCCUCGCGACGAAGAAGUUCAUCUCGGACAAGAAGCGCCUGAAGCCGUUCAAAUUGCCUCUCCCGCAUGCUCCUCAAGUUUCCGAAGGGACCAAUAUCUGUCUCAUCACGGUGGACCCGCAGCGAUCGUACAAGGACGUCAUUGCUCACGCCAACUUCCCGGAGCAGCUUCGUCCGCUCGUCAAACGAGUGAUUGGCAUCACGAAACUGAAGAAGAAGUACCAGUCGUUCGAGUCACGUCGGCAAUUGUUGGCCGAACACACCCAUUUCCUGGCCGAUGAUCGCAUCAUCACCUACCUCCCCCAUGUUCUGGGCAAGACCUUCUACCAGUCCACGGCCAAGCGGCCCAUUCCCGUGAGCCUCCAGGGAAACGCGGCCCACGGCGACCGCCGCGCGCAACUGAAGGGCGAGAAGAAGCAGAGGCAGGCGGCCGAGAACCGGUCGACCACCGUGGUUGGCUCCCCCGAGUUGGUCGGGAAGGAAAUUCAAAAGGCCCUGCAAAGCGCUCUGGUCAAUUUGAGCCCGGCGGCGACCACCUCGGUGCGGGUUGCGUUUGCAUCGUGGGAUGUGGAGAAGAUCCGGGCCAACGUGCAGGCGCUGUUGGCGGGCAUGUUGGAGGGCGGGGAGAAAGCGGAGCGGAUCAUCCCGGGAGGCUGGAGGAACGUGAAGUCGAUCCAUCUGAAGGGCCAGAAGACCACCGCCCUGCCGAUCUGGCUGUCCGAGGAUCUGUGGAUGGAUGAUGACGUGGUGGAGGCCGGCGAUGCGGUUCCGGCCGAAUCGGGCAAGCGGAAAUCCCGCCAUCAAGACGCGGCGGAGAGCUCGGGAAAGAAGGCCAAACUGGGUGAAGGGAAAGCUGCGGCCAAGGAUUCGUCGCUGCAGAAAUCGAAACUGCAGGACCAGAGGCAGAAAGCGAUGGAUGGGUUGUUGGCAUGAGUCGAAUUCUACGUUUUACAGGCGCUGCAAAGGAUUGUGGUGAAAGACUGCUGUGAUUGCAUGUGUGGCGGAUCUAGCGACGCGUGGAUGGUUCAAUCAGGGUGUCACUUGCGAGGAGGCGGCGUAUCCGGCGAGACAUGGAUGGGUUGGACGUGCAUGGUGCAAAUUGGAUAUUCAUAAUCGUCUGCAUUGAAUGGAAAAUACAAUUCCGAACCUCAGAAGCGCCUGAUGAGUAUGCCACAGUUCCCCGUUUCUUGCGUCGUCAAGGGCAGAGAUCCCGCCACAUAUCGAUGGGAAAACUCGUUCGAGAUGCGGCCGGAUAUGCCCAUGUCGGCACACAUCGCCCU